UUGAGGCCACACACAGUGUCCCCACGCCUGGCCGUGCCACAGCACAUACCCCGGCCCCCAUAUGUGGACACUGGGGAGAAUCCAUGGUUUGAUGACAUCCAAGUACAUGACGCGCAGGGUGUACAAAAGAUGCGAGCAGCGGGCAGAUUAGCAGCUGAUGUGCUGGAGCAUGCUGGCACAUUGGUAAAGGCCGGAAUAACAACUGAUGAGAUUGACAAGGCGGUGCACCAGAUGAUCAUUGACAAUGGAGCCUACCCUUCUCCCCUAACGUAUGGAAAUUUUCCAAAAAGUGUCUGUACCUCGGUCAACGAAUGUGUCUGCCAUGGCAUUCCAGACGCGCGGCCACUUGUGGAUGGAGAUAUUAUCAACAUUGACGUGACCAUAUACCUCAAUGGGCACCAUGGAGACACCUCAAGGAUGUUCUAUGUCGGGAAGGUUGAUGACAAGGCGCGGCGGUUGUGCGAGGUGACGCAACUUGCCAUGGAGAGCGCCAUUGCUGAGUGUGGGCCAGGUGUCCCUGUCAGGCACAUCGGCAAGGUAAUUCAUGCCAUUGCGGACAAGCACAAGUACGGCGUGGUGAAGGAGUUUGUGGGUCAUGGAGUGGGGAGAGUGUUCCAUUCUGCCCCACACGUGAUGCACUGCAGAAACAACGAGCCUGGAGUGAUGCAGCCGGGGCAGACAUUCACCAUCGAGCCAAUGCUGACGGAGGGUGACACAGCCUGGAAGAUGUGGAAGGACCAGUGGACAGUGGUGACAAAGGAUGGCGGGCGCACUGCACAAUUUGAGCACACCAUCCUGAUCACCAAGACCGGCCAUGAAAUCCUCACAACCUGGCCAAGCAAGCGAUGA